CUCAUGAAGGAGAAAUAUUAGAAUGACUCAUUAUGUAACACUAUCUCUACAGUACAAAUGACUCAUAAAAAUUAUCGUGGUAUUCUUCUGGGUAGGGACAAUUUUUAAGUGUAAAUAUUUUAUAGAUCAUAGCAAUGUUACCCUUUUAAAGUUACAGUAAAUUCUGUAUUUGGAGAACUUCAGGUAGAUGUGAAAUGACUAUGCAAGCAUCUAAAGAAAGGUGCUGAUAACUGAUAAUUUUAAGAAUAGGAAAGAAAAUAAUCUGCGGCAAAAAUCUUUCUUGGAAGAAAAUUAUAAAAGUAAAAGCAAGAAUCAGUAGUUCAAUGGCACGAAAUAGUGAUUUCAGUGAUACACAGACAAUGAAAUGACAGAACCUGAAAGCUUAGUUUAAAAAAAAAAUUGUCCAUUUAUGUGUCUUACAAUUGUACCUCAAAAAUUUUUAGAGAUGACUGAAAAAUACACAACAUAUGCAGAAGUGCAAAACAUUCCUUCCAAGAAGCAGAUGCAAAAAAAAAAGAUGAAAGAGCAGCUAAUUGACACAGAAGUGAAAACAUGUACUUCCAAGCCCGAUCGCAAGAAGAUAACAAGAACUGAAUUGCCUGAAGAAAAAGGGUCUUCAGUUCCGUUUGCCUGGUUUCUCACCGUAGUGAUUCUUGGAAUACUCUGUUUCUUUCUCCUAAUAACAACAGGAGUCAUGGGAUUCAUGGUUUUCCAGGGUUGUCAGGGAGGCCAAUUAAAGAAGUCUCCACUGGACAACGUGAAACAAGAAGACAAUUCCACAGUUAAAAACACGACUUUCAAAGAGGAGCUACUUAGCGGAGGAAGGGAAAGCAGCAUGUGUGAAACUAAAUGGUCAUGUUGUGGACAGAAAUGUUACUAUUUUGCCAAUGAAUCGAAGACCUUUGACAAGAGCCAAAAAUUCUGCAAGAAGAUGAACUCCAGGCUUCUUAAGAUAGAAAAUGAUAAAGAACUGAACUUCAUUCAAAGUCAGCUAUCCUACUUCCAUUGGAUUGGACUGUCCCGUAAAGGAACUGGAAGUUCCUGGACAUGGGAAGACAAAUCAUCACCUUUUCUCAAAAUUGAUUGGAAAGAGUCAGAGGUUGGAAACUGUGCAAGCUUAGCAGCAACGAGGAUGGUGGCGGCUGACUGCUCCACAUUCAAGCCCUACAUUUGUGAGAAGUAGACUGCAGUCCUGCCCCAGGGAGAGAACUGCAGCCACAGAAGACCAUGCAAUAAUCUCCCCUUACAAAAAGCCAUGCUCUUGGAAGUCCCAGAGUCUCUCUCUCUCUCAUUUCAGAAUAUCUUUGCUUUAUUAUGGGCUGUACCAAUAUUCCAGCCUCUGACUGAGGUACGUUGGACCCUCCACUCCUGCCCCUUUCACAUGUAGACUGCCAAAUCGCGCAGGAGCACGGGUUAGUGGAGUGAGAAAGUGUCAGUGCUUCUGACGAGGAUUAGGAAGCAAAGUUCUGUAUGCUCAAUUUCUGCAACUCACACAGAUUUAGUAAAAUCUUGCAAACCACAGUCACUGGUCAUGCACAUUUUAUCUGGCAUGUAACGACAAUAAUUAAAGUCAUUAUUCUGUAUGAAUUGUGUAUGCAUUUCUGUUCGAUUCCUUAAUUUACAGGAGAAAUACAGUAGGGUAUACUGGAAAGAGAAUAAACAGUACCUUGAAUCAGACCCUUGUUUGUGACCUACACCACUAAUAGCUAAUGUGCUUUCUGGCAAGUCCAAACUUCUGAGUCUGUUUCCACAUCAGUAGGUAGACUACCAAACUGUUCUGCAAAGUGGUUGUUCCUUUUUGCAUUCCAUCAACAGUGUAUGACAGUUCCAUUGGCUUGUAUCUUUUCGAAAUUUAAUACUGUCAAUUUUUAAACCAUUUUGAUAAAGGUGCAGUAUAAUUUAAUUCUGGUUUAAAUUUGUAUUUCUUUAGUGAA